GGCAGAAGGAGCUGGUGGUGAGGACCUGGAGCAGCUGGCGGCGCUGAUCAACGACUAUGACCGGGCAGUGCGCUGUGAUGACCUGGCAGGGGUGAGCGGACCACGGAAGCCGAACACCAUUCGGAAGGAGGCAAGUGCUGGUGUGUGAGGUGUGUGUCCUGCAGGUGUGUCGACUCGCUGAGGAGAUCGAUAAGGUCCGUCCCUGCAUGAACCAGCGCAGCAAGGCGCUGGCCUCCGCGUCUUCCGCAAGGAGCGUCUCGUCUGCAGUGGGAUCGAUGUGGAAGGUGGGGAUAAGUCCGUCACCGACCUGCACCACAAAGACAGCGAAGCGAGUCGGUGCGGUCGCUUCCAUCCCCUUGCCCACCUUGAGACACAGGUCAGAAUAAGCUUGGUCGACGAUCCGAUGGUUGGUCAGCAGCUCGUACCUCUCGAAGCACGGCCAGAGAACGGAGGACUUGAUAGAGGCCUUCCAGGCGUUGAUUUCGUUGCUGUCCUCUCCUCGGGGCAGCACGGGAGUCAGCUGGCGGAAGUCGCCUGCGCACACGAACACCUUGCCGCCGAAGGGCCGGUCAAUUCCUGUGAUGUCCUGGAGCAUGCGGUGUGUGGCCUCGAUAUUGUUCACGUGGGCCAUAGUCACUUCGUCCUGCACACACACACGCAUACACACACACACACACCACACACACACACUCCGCACAUGCACGUGCUUGUGUGCAUUCAGAUAGGGCCGAUCAGAGGCCUACCAGAUGAGGAGCUGGCUGUGGCGCAGCAGCUCUGCCUUAUGAGAGUUACGGCCGACUGUGCACUCCACCGGCUCCUUCGAGAUGUUGUCGACUACCUUGAUCUUCAAGGCGCCGUGCGCCGUGUGGCCCCCAGUGUAGUUGAGCGCUGCCAGCGCCGUCGUUGCAGUGGCGAUGGCGAUGUUGCCUCGCAUGCGGACCGCCGACAGCAGGCACUGCAGCAGCGUGGUUUUCCCGGAACCGGCUGAUCACCAGCAAAGACACACACGCAUGCACCCCCCGGUCCACACCGCCUGUGUGUCUGCCUGUGUGUCUGUCCGUCUGUCUGUUUCUCACCCAGUGCGGGCACAAUCACCGACAUCGGAAUCACGCCAUCCACUGUCUCGUUGGCCCUCGACGCGUCCGGAUAGAGGUGCUCGAGCACGUCAUUGUAGACCCUCAGCUGCUCGGGGUCAGUCUCGAAGAGCGAAAACAACCGAUCAUGCUCUCGCCGCACGUCGGCGAGGUUCCCGUAGCUCUGCCGCUCCAUGCCUUCGUCAGCAAAGUCCUCAGGCUCAGGCAGGCUGAAGUCCUUGUUGGUCUUGCCUGGGCUCAUGGCAUCGAUGUCCUCAGAGAUGUCGCGCAGCAGCAGCUGGUAGGCCGCGUUCGGGUCGAGCCCUUCGUCCUCCUCGUAGUCACUGACGAGGAAGUCCCGAUGCGUCUCGAGGAUCUCCGGAGCGUCGCACUCGUGGUUGACAAUCAGCUGGACGAAGAGCAGACGUAGCUGGAACGGUAGCAGGCCGUGGUCCUCGAUCGCCUCCAGCAGCAGUGUCUUCACGAACUCGUCUCCCUGGAGCAGGCCGCUCUCUCUCGCGGCGUCCACGUAAUGGUCAUACACCUGCCCGUUGAUGGUUCGCAGGGCCUGCAGCACGUCACAGUCAGCAGCAGCCACCAAGAGGAGACAUUGGCAGACGCCAGGAAUGGAACGAUGAAUGCGGGAGUUGUUACCUCGUAGGAGCCCCGCGCCUUGGACGUCUUGAGCAGCAGACGAAGGUAGUAGGGCUCGCCCUGCGAGACGUUCAUGGUCUGCAGCCGCGUGCACACCUUGUGUCCGCUUGCUCGCUCGUAGAAGACGUCGCCGUUCUUGGUGCGGAACGAACGGCGGCCCUUCGGCACCGCCUGCCGCUGCUGCUUCAUCUGGUAUCGCUCGAAGAACUGCUGAUACGUCACGUCAUCGAACUCAGGAUCGUCAGGCCGCGCCAGCCAGUGCUCUAGCUCGUUGGGCUUGGGCUGGAUCACCCGGCCUCGCUCGCUCUGCCUCCCGUACACCAGCUGCACCAACUUGCGCUUCUCUGGAAGGACCACUGGCAAAGUGAUGACCGGCGGCUCGAUCACCGUGAUCCUGUGGCUCAGGAUGCGGUGGCAGGCCUCGCUGCCGCAGAUGACCCGGCCCUCCUGGUACUCGGCGAUCUCGUCGCGCGCGGGAGCCGCUCCGCCGUGAGCCCCGCCACUCGCACUCGUGGCCGCCGAGUCCGCCCCCGCCAGCCUCUCGACGUAGGAGCUCUGCCUCGCCCGCUGCUCGUCUCGCUCCUGCUUGAAGCUGUGCCCCCUUGCGGCUGUGCUCGCCGAGUCGGUUGCCCACUUGAUGGUGAAAGGAUUCUUGUGGGGUUUCCACAUGUACCGGAACAUGUAGAUGAUCACCUUCAUGAACGCAACGACGUCGCAGUACACGUGGCAGCGCAACAGCGCUAGCAGCACAGGCGAGUAGGACGCGAUCCAGCGGUCGAGCACGUCUCGUCGUCGAUAGAUGCAGCGGCCGUGGACGUUCCAGUGUGUCUCGUUGCAGAGAGGCCACGGCGCCCCCAACUUGCACGGGGUGCGACAUCGGUCCCCCAGCAACAU